UUGUUGUCUUUGUGUAAAAGAGUGGAGCUCGAUCUCACACUAUCACUCUUCCCUCUUCCCCGAAUCCUUUUAAAACUCUCCCCCUGGGUUUAUACCCUCCCGAACCUCUCCCCUUCUACCCUUACAACCCCACCCUCCCCCUAAACACAUCUCAAGACACGGAUCUGAUCCAUCCUUGUGACCAAAGACCCCCACUAUUUUUCUCUCGUCAGCUUCUUUCCCGGGCAUUGUAGUUAUGGACUCCGGUGUCAUCGAAGGAGGACUCAAUGUCACCCUGACCAUCAGGCUUCUCAUGCAUGGCAAGGAAGUUGGAAGCAUAAUUGGAAAGAAAGGUGAAUCUGUUAAGAAGAUGAGGGAGGAGAGCGGUGCCCGCAUCAACAUCUCAGAGGGGAACUGUCCAGAGAGAAUCAUUACCCUGGCUGGACCCACCACCUCCAUCUUCAAAGCAUUCUCCAUGAUCAUCGACAAGUUGGAAGAGGACAUCAGCAGCUCCAUGACCAACAGCACGGCCACCAGCAAGCCCCCCGUGACCCUGCGCAUCGUGGUGCCCGCCAGCCAGUGCGGCUCGCUCAUUGGCAAAGGCGGCUGCAAGAUCAAGGAAAUUCGAGAGUCUACGGGUGCCCAGGUGCAGGUGGCAGGUGACAUGCUCCCCAACUCCACAGAGCGUGCCAUCACCAUCGCCGGCACUCCGCAGUCCAUCAUUGAGUGCGUCAAGCAAAUCUGUGUGGUGAUGCUGGAAUCUCCUCCAAAGGGAGUGACCAUCCCAUACAGACCCAAACCCUCAGGAUCCCCCGUGAUCUUCGCUGGAGGACAGGCGUAUGCCGUUCAAGGACAGCACGCGAUCCCCCAGCCAGAUUCUUCCUCUGCCUCUAUCUCUCCCCAGCUCACCAAGCUCCACCAGCUGGCCAUGCAGCAGAGCCCUUUCCCCCUUGCCCCCAGCAACCAAGGCUUCACCGGGAUGGAUGCCUCUGCCCAAACUGGUUCCCACGAGAUGACCAUUCCAAAUGAUUUGAUCGGGUGCAUCAUCGGGCGUCAGGGUGCCAAGAUCAAUGAGAUCCGGCAGAUGUCGGGGGCUCAGAUCAAGAUCGCCAACCCUGUGGAGGGCUCCACGGACAGGCAGGUCACCAUCACUGGCUCCCCCGCCAGCAUCAGCUUGGCCGAGUACCUCAUCAACGCCAGGCUUUCCUCUGAGGCUACAGGACUGGCGACCAACUGAUUUUUGUUUUCUGACACUGCAUCUCCGCACUCAUCCCACAUCUUUUUACCAUCGGCAUCUUAGAGAAAAAAGAAAAGAAAUUAGUGGUCAAUACGACCCUUCAGUAUUUCCCAGAAUUCCCGUCUCACUCUCCCCUUCUGUUCCAGUCAUGCCCACUCAUAUUCGACAUUGCGUUUUAUUUAUAAAUAUCUAUUUUUUUGUUUCUUUGUUUAAUAUUUUUUUUCCACUCAAAUCUGGUUUUUAAAAUCCCUUUGGGUCCAGUGGAGAAAGUUUUAUUGAUUUAUUAUUAUUGUUAUUAUUAGAGUAUUUUUCCCCUUUUUGUUUUAAAUGAAAGGAUUGAGGAGAAAGAAUUGCUCUCCCCGUCUUUUGUUUGCCAUCACAAGAUUUAGAGGUGGAAAAAUCUGAAUAGGCAUAGAUUUAGUUUCUGUAAAGUCAGAUUUUUUUUCUUCAAAACAUAAAAAAGGCAAAAAAAGGAAAAAUAAAAAAAUGAUCAAAAAAUAUGUAUAGAUUGACUGUUUUUAUUUUCUGCCUGUUCUGUUUUCAAGUUUUAUUUGUUUUGAUUUUUUUUUUUUUUUUUGGUUUUGUUGAUUUUUUUUUUUUGAUUUUUUUUUUUGUUUCUAUUUUUGUUUAUUUUAUUUCCCCUCAACCCUCUCCCCGGUCAUCCUCCUUCCUCCUACCUCCACUGUUCCCCAAGCCUCACCGGUCCUUGAUUUGGCAUUAUAAUAGAUGCACACAUACACACGCACACACACUCACACUCAAACACACUUGCAUCAUGAUAAACUAAAAAUGCUCGAAUUCAGGGGGAUAUAUUUUAUCCACCAUAUUUAGAGGGCCCUAUUUAUUUAUAGACGUCUGGCCCUGAACUGCUGCUGGGACCUUUUGUUGUUUUGUUUUGGGUAUGGCGAAUGAUCCUAACACCCACCAGUGGCUACGGCACUCACACAUAUCAUUUAAACUGUGUACUCUUUUUUUUGUCACCUUUUAAGAAAAAGAAAAAAAGAAAAUAUACUUUUUUCUGUCUCAUUCCUAUUUUUCCACCUUCCCUUUUGCACUUGGUUCUGAUUUCUGAGGAAGCUUUGUGCUCUGGGACCUUGGGUGUGGGGCGGGAGGGAGGGAGGGAGGGGAGGAGAGAAGAGAGGGAGGUUGAGGGGUAGGGGUCAGAAGCAGUGCUUUCCUUUUUUUUUUUGUAAAGACUGAUACUACUAAAACCGAGUUGGAAUAUUUGUUUUAAAAUGGAGGAAAUAUUUUUUUUAACUACCAAAGGGGAUUGACUCCUGGAAAUAUUGACAGGUCUUGUGUAUAAAUGUGAUACGGCUAAAGAGGAUUGCUAAGCUGAAUUUAGAUGAAGUACAGUUUAAGGGUAUGAGUUUAACACUACUUUUCCUGCUCUUUGCUUUGUUUUGCUCGAGUCGAAAUUUUAUUUUUAUUAUUUGCAGGAAAGAAUUUACUUUGUGCACAUUCUCAAAAAAAGACUGUAGACCUGGGUGCCACAAAAAUUGUUGGAAGACAAUUAAACAGAUGUGAAAUGCUUAAACUACAA